UAGAGAAAGUUAUCAUGGUUUAGCAUUAGAUAAUGAUCAUUUACUAAUUCAACUUUAUCUCGACGAUAUUGGAUUGACGAAUCCAUUGGGAUCGAAACGUGAUAGGCAUAAGAUGAGCAUGAUUUACUUUACUCUUGAAGAUAUACCAGAUAAAUACAGAUCAAAGCUUGAUUUUAUUCAGCUUGUUGCUAUUUGUGAAAGUAAAAUUCUGAAGAAUCUUUUUGGUUUAUUUGAGGAUACUCUCAAAACAAAAACAUUUUUUCAACCAAUUAUUGACAAUUUGAAUAAAUUACAACUCAAUGGUCUUAUGAUCAAUCAUACUCAUUUUAAAUUUACAUUUUCAACUGUUGUUGCAGAUAAUCUCGCAGCUAACUGGAGAUGUUAUAUUAAUUAUACAGAUAAAGGAUCAUUAACUCCAUUAUCAGAUAUUCAAAGUCGAACGAUAUUUGAUCAUGAUUCAAUAGUUCAGCAGAUUUUAAAUGAUCCAAAUGAAUCUCCAAUUAUGGGUGUAGUUGGUGAAAGCCCUUUACAUAAUCUUAUUGGCUUUCACUCAACUACAUCUUUACCUGCUGAUUGUAUGCACGAUUUUCUCGAGGGGCUGUGCCGAAUGGUGAUAAUAUUACUUUUAAAAGAAGCUUCAUCAAUGCGUCUAAUGACUCAUGGUGAGAAUCAAUUCUUUAAUUGA